GUCAAAAGCUUUUUUCGUGAAUGUGCGAUCUAAAGUAUAUUAAAAUCUAUUUUGUUUAUAUCAUCCAAAAUUGCUUGGAAUUUCUUCCACCGCUAGAUGAGUUGGACUUUGGCUCCAACAACGGCACACACCUCAAGAGCAACGAUGGCUGUUAUGACAAACGCCAUACAUCGGUCUACCCAGCUUAUACUGACAAGAGUUUUUGUCUUACAAGUUUUAAAUUAUUAUCACGUGUACUUACUUUUUUUAAAUUGUAAUUUUUAAUUUGCCUUGUGUAUUAAUCAUUUUUUCCAACUUUGACUUGUCAC